CUUCGUCCCCUCGUCAUUCCCCUCCCCUCGGUGGUCCUUGCACUCACCAGCUCUGUUUUGGGUACUGCAUUCGGCUGUGUUUGGUACUUUUUCCAUCCAACAUAUACCCCCAUCAAUUUAUUGUUUUCUAAUAAGGCACGAGAAACACUUGCCUAAACGGACUGCGAUCUAGAGCGACGGCGAUUGGGUGUUUAUUGUCGCGCUGGACUAGAGAGGAUAUCCACCACAAUGGCAUCCCCAGACGUACCUCCUCGAUGGACACAUCUAUACAAGGUCUUGACCAAGUCGGGUCCUUUUAGCGACGAGGACUGGGUUCCUGGACCGGAGACAAUUACUUCUCUGGAAUCAUCCAAAAUUCUGGUUAUAGGGGCUGGUGGCUUAGGAUGCGAGAUUCUCAAAAAUCUUGCCCUGUCAGGCUUUAAGGACAUCCAUGUCAUUGACAUGGAUACGAUCGAUAUCUCCAACCUAAACCGACAGUUCUUGUUCCGCCAAGCCGAUAUAGGCAAGCCUAAGGCAGAGGUUGCCGCCGCAUUUGUAGAACGUCGGGUGAAAGGAGUCAAGAUCACGCCGUUCGUAGGCAAGAUCCAGGACAAGGAUGAGGAUUACUACAUGCAGUUUAAAAUCAUCGUUUGUGGCCUUGACAGUAUCGAAGCCAGGCGAUGGAUCAACUCCACGCUAGUGGGGAUGGUCGAUUUUGAGGAUCCGGAAAGCUUGAAGCCGCUCAUCGAUGGAGGAACGGAAGGUUUCAAGGGCCAGGCACGUGUGAUCCUACCCUCGCUUUCCUCUUGCAUUGAGUGUCAGCUCGAUAUGCACGCACCCCGACCUGCAGUCCCUCUCUGCACCAUCGCAACCAUCCCGCGUCAACCUCAACACUGCAUCGAAUGGGCCCAUCAGAUCGCCUGGCAGGAACAGCGCAAAGAUGACUCCUUCGACAGUGACGACCUGGAACAUAUCGGAUGGGUGUACAGCGCUGCCCUCGAGCGGGCGAAGCAAUUCCAGAUCCCCGGAAUCACCUUCCAGAUGACCCAGGGCGUGGUGAAGAACAUUAUCCCCGCUAUUGCCUCAACCAACGCAGUUAUCGCAGCUGCUACGACGUCCGAGGCGUUGAAGAUCGCCACCUCGUGCAACCCCUAUCUCGAAAACUACAUGAUGUACGCGGGCGAGGAGGGUGUCUACACAUACACCUUCGAGGCGGAGAAGAAACCGGAUUGUCCGGUGUGUGGGAACCUCGCGCGGAAGUUGACAGUGGAUCCGAACAUGACGCUGGAAGUGUUCAUCGAGACACUUGGAGAACGGCCCGAGGCGCAGCUGAAGAAGCCCAGUAUGAGAACGGAGGAGAAAACGCUCUACCAGCGGUUCCCGCCUCAGUUGGAGGAGCAGACCCGGCACAAUCUGAAGCUGAAGCUAAAAGAGCUGAUCGAGGAUGGCCAGGAAAUCGCAGUCAGUGACCCGGCGUAUACCAUCGAUUUCCGCUUCCGACUGUCAUUCCAAUGAAGACAAAGCAGUCCUCUCCAAGAUGAACGGACAUGCGCCUACGCUACGAAGAAUACACGAUUCUCUGAUGAUCAUAUUUGAAGACCUAGGAAGUCAAAUCUGCUUUUUCUAUCCCUCAAGGAUCCCAGUCCAGACUCCCAGCAAUUGUAAAGAAGGUUGUCACCGACUUUUUCGUAAAUGUACAAAAUCAACAACAAGACAAGCACAAUCCAAC